AUGUCCAGCACUUCAUACAUCAUAAUCCAGUCUUGCUACAACAAUUUCACCACCCAAGCUUCUUAUCAGUUAACGUUGAAACCUUUCGCCGAUAUCCCCAAGAUGAAAAUCACCAACAGCCUUACUCUUAUUGCUUUGGCAGCCCAAGUCUUAGGUUCUCCACUGGGAAGCCGUUCCCCAGGCGUUAUCGAGGCUCGCGCUGAGGACACUGCAGAGCCAGGCAGAGCAGGAUGGUUGGUCGAGGACAGACGUCGAAGUGAUGAUGUCGCAGAGCCUGGUAGGGCAGGUUGGUUGGUUGUCGACAAGUCUUAG